CCAGUGCGCUUCCCGACGCUCACUUGUUCCGCGCGAACAUUCAUAAAGACAAACAAGUCCAACUGACAUCUCCGAUUUCUUCCUUACUUUCGUUCGUAGUAUAAAAAGUCAUGCCAAGGAAGAAGCGUUCCCGUGUCCCCUCAAGGGCAAAGCCAGCACUGCCUGAUGACUCCAGUGAGCCAGACAUGGAAGCAGAACAGCGUAAAGAGAAGCUGAAACUCCUGCUGGAAGACUUUGAUCUGGAGGUUGAAAAAAGGACAGCAUUGAUGGAAGAAGAAAUCAAGAAUAUUCAGGAGUCUAUUCGGCAGAUCUACAAAAUUGACUUACUUCGUUAUCCUGAAAAAACAAAGAAGAUGCUCUGGGUUGAUCACAUUAAACAGCAGAAUAAUCAUGAGGUAAAAUCCUCUGCAAGAGAUAGCUUAGUCAAUGUUAUCAGCUCAGCUGAUAGUAUCUUACAAUCUGCGGCCAAAAAGAGAGCAGUACGACCCCGGAAAGCUGUAGCCACUGUAGAGGACAAUGGAUUUUUGGCUCCUGUUACAAGAAGUACUCGAGCUAGUCGUCAGAAGCCAGUUUUUGGUAAUAGCCAGGUUGACAAUAUGAUUCCUCCUCCUUCAACUGGCAGACGUCAGAGAACAAAAAAAGUGGAUAUUGCAGCUACUCCUGCCAACCAGAAUAUUCCCCCAAGCUUUAAGUCAUCCAUGCUGGUUACUCCAAAAUUUGAUCCACGAACUCCACUACCUCCGGGGACUAUAAAGAGAAAGCCAAAAAUCGGAGAAAUUGCCAUUUCACUCACUGGUUCCCCCUUGCAAGUAUCACCAGCUGUUAAGCCAAACUAUGACAUAAAGGGCUUAAUGCAGAACCUAGACCAAGAUAAUCUGGAUGAAGAGACAAGAGCAGAACUUGAGGAGUUCCAUGCUAAAGUAGGGAGGUUGCUGAAUAUGUGAAAAUACAAAUUUUUCCUUUUUUCCCAAAGAGAUGAAGUGUCUCAUCAAGGCACUUUUAUGUGUAGAUAUUUAUGAACAAUGAUGAUUCUGGCAUGCUUCUGAGAUUUUGCAAUAGAAUCUUUUGCUUGAAAGGUCAGAACCUAAGUUAAAUGUUUGUAGUACUUGUGCAAGAUCAUAUUCCUCUUGAAUAUGAUAUAUCUCAAAUCAGAAACUAUAACCUAAGUUUUCAGAAAUGUGUAUAUAAAUGUAUAUUAUUUUCUUGGGAGGAGGUGCUACAAUUACAUAUGUGUACUGUAAUACUGUAUUUUAGUUUAGAAUGUAUUAUCACACAAAGUAUUAUGAUAGAUUAAAUUUAGGUACUUUUUCAUUAUUUUAGCUUAUACUCCAUUAGUACAUAGUUUGUGGUCCCGAAAGUGAUUUUUUCUGUCCUUUAUGUCUCUUAUCAAGAUUAUUUCAACAGAUUUCUUGCAUGACUUGCAAACAUGUUUAUUUAUCUGUAGCAUAUGCCUUCAGAUGCCUCCAUUACGAUUUUUUAAAAAGAGAUCCAUGUUACUGCAUUGUUGUUAAAAUUGUUAGGUUUAAGAUUAACUUGUCAUAUAUAUCUUGCAACAAAAAACAUUUAAACAAGUCUUAUGCAAUGAUUUUAUUAGAUUUAUUUCAGCAGCAAGUAAAUGGACACUGUACAUAGAAAAAUGUUUUUAUGGUAAUUAUGAAUCUUUUUAUAGCAGAAGGAAAAUAUAAACUGGAUUUGACAUU